AUGGAGAAAGAAUCUGACUGUGUGUUUCCUAAAUCUUAUGUGAUGAAAGGAGGAGAAGGUCCUCAUAGCUAUGCUCAAAACUCAACCGGUCAGAAAUCAGCAAUUGAAGCAGCCAAGCACCAUCUUCAAAAUGCCGUUACCAAAAAGUUUGAUUUUAAAGCCAUUUCUGCUUCCUCUAAAAACCUAAUCUGCAUAGCUGACUUGGGUUGUUCCACCGGGCCAAACACCUUCAUUGCAAUUCAAAACAUAAUAGAAGCAAUACAAUUCAAAUGCCAAUCUCAAAAUCAAUCUACCCCAGAAAUCCUAGUCUUCUUCAAUGAUCAAGCAUCAAACGAUUUCAACACUCUCUUUCAAAACCUUCCUCCCAAUAGAAACUACUUUGCAGCUGGAAUUCCUGGCUCUUUCUAUGGACGUUUAUUUCCAAAAAAGCCUGCAUUUAGUUCACACUUCUGCAGCAUUGUCUUGGCUAUCUGA